AUGAAAGAUGCGGCCGCUUCUUGCACCAGCAAGGUGCCGCGGUUCAGCGCGCACUCUGUUGAGGCGCUGAAGCGGGAGCUGCUGGAGCUGGACUACCGGUCACUGCUGUCAGAGGACGUCAUGGCGUUCGAGGCGGUGCGCAAGGCGGUGGAUGCGACGGCGGCGGCGGCGCAGCGCAUCAAGGCGCAGGAGCGCGCGCAGGCGGCGCUGGCGCAGGCGCAGGGCGCGGCCUCCAAGGUGGCCGCCAAGCUGGCCUCGAACCCCCAGGUCCAGCAGCUCGAGAAGAUCGCGCAGGACACCGCCGGGAAUCUCGCCGGGAAGAUUGACGCGGCCCUGUCACCAGAUGCCCGCGGCGGCGGCGGCGCCGGCGGCUCGGGCACCAGCAGCGGCGGCGGCGACCCAGGGACGCUCGGGCGGCUGGCGGCGGCUGAGUCGGCGGCGGGGCGCGUGCCGCUGGCGCAAGAUGCGCUGCUGGCGUUGGGCAGCAAGGUGGGCGGGGGCGGCGCCUCGUACUGGCGUGCCGGGGCGCAAGGAGGCGGGGCCUCCGGCUCUGCCGGCGGCGCGACGGCGACGGGUGGGGGAGAGGCGGCGGCGGGCGUCCCGCUGUACGCCCCUGGGCGCAUCCUGUGGCUGCGCCCCCUGGACGAGGAGGAGCCGGAGGCUGAGCAGAAGUUUGAACUCGUGGACACUGGCUGCGAGACGCGCUUCCAGCGGAUCGUGCUGCGCGCCAGCUGCGUCUCAGGUGGGCCGUCGUGCCAGGACACCCUCUGA